GAGCGAGACAGAGCAGCCGCCGCCGGCUGCAGCCCCUGCCCAGCUCCGCGCCGCUCCGCGCCCCGCUAAGCGGCUCCCGGCGGGCAGCGCCCCAGCAUGAGCCGCGGGCGCCCGCAGCCCCCCGGCGGCCGCCGCGCAGCCCCGCCCCGGCCAGCGGCGCGGUAGGAGCGCGGAGCCCCGCGGAGCCGGGCGCGGCGCGGGUAGGGCAGGGGGCGAAGGGCGGGGGUGUCCACGCAGCCGGGGUUGAUGUUUAACCUGGAGCGCCCGUUCACGGAGAGGGGCCACUUCUUCUCCUCCAUGGAGUACCAGCGGCAGCUGGAGGAGGAGGAGGGCUACCUGCCUCCUGGCACCAACGGGACCUUCAACGACAGCGGUGCCGGGCCGGGCUGGGGCAUGCCGUACCCCCUGCACACCACCGUCACCCUCAUCAGCCUGGCGGGCUUGCUCAUGCUCUUCACUGUCUUCGGCAACGUCCUGGUCAUCAUCGCCGUCUUCACUAGCCGGGCACUCAAGGCCCCCCAAAACCUGUUCCUGGUCUCUUUAGCCUCGGCCGACAUUCUGGUGGCCACACUGGUCAUCCCCUUCUCCCUGGCAAACGAGGUGAUGGGGUAUUGGUACUUCGGCAAAGUCUGGUGUGAGAUCUACCUGGCCUUGGAUGUGCUGUUCUGCACCUCCUCCAUCGUGCACUUGUGUGCCAUCAGCUUGGACCGUUACUGGUCCAUCACACAAGCCAUCGAGUACAACCUCAAGCGUACCCCGCGCCGCAUCAAGUGCAUCAUCUUCAUUGUCUGGGUCAUCUCGGCCGUCAUCUCCUUUCCGCCACUCAUCUCCAUAGAGAAGAAGAGCGGGCAGCAGGCUGACCAGGGGGUGGCAGGGUGCAAGAUCAAUGAUGAGAAGUGGUACAUCAUCUCCUCUAGCAUUGGUUCCUUCUUUGCCCCCUGCCUCAUCAUGAUCCUGGUCUACAUGCGCAUCUACCAGAUAGCCAAGAGGCGAACCAGGGUACCACCGAACAAGCGGGCAGAGCGCCCUGAGAAGAGGCAGAAUGGCUUGACCGACAAGGAGGACCUGCCACCUACAGCUCAGCUGAAUGGAGAGAAGGCAGCAGGAGGUGGCGGUGGGCAGGAGGGAGAGGUCAACGGCAUAGACAUGGAGGAGACCUCUUCCUCUGAGCACCAGGAGAACAACCAGUGUAAGAAGUCAGAGAGACCGUCGAGGGGAAAGACCAAGACUAAACUGAGCCAGAUUAAGCCUGGGGACAGUUUGCCCAGGAAGGCGGAGGAGGAGAGGAACACCAAAGGGUCCCGGUGGAGGGGCAGGCAGAACCGGGAGAAGCGCUUCACCUUUGUGCUGGCGGUGGUGAUCGGGGUCUUUGUCAUCUGCUGGUUCCCCUUCUUCUUCACCUACACGCUGAUGGCUGUCUGCAAGAGCUGCUCUGUGCCCGACACCCUCUUCAAGUUCUUCUUCUGGUUUGGUUACUGCAAUAGCUCCUUGAACCCCGUCAUCUAUACCAUUUUCAACCACGACUUCAGACGGGCCUUCAAAAGGAUCCUCUGCAGGAUAGAGAGGAAAAGGAUUGUUUGAAGGACCCUUUGCUAUCGGCAGGACUAAUUCAAGACUUUGUAGGAGAGUAAGGCAUGGCUCUCUUGGGCUGUGCUUGCAUGGGAUGGUUUCCUUCAGCUCGUGAGCAGGAAGCCUUUAAAACCUGAGAUGAGCCUAUGGAAAUGCCGGGCAGCAGCAAGGAGCAGCAGGCAAGUGGAAGUCCAAGCCGUGGCAUUCGGCUUUCCAGGGGAGGAUGGCUUUUGACUUGCUUGGUUUAUUUUGUUAGGUUUGUUUUUUUUCUUUUGCCAGAAUCUCUCAGUGGAUAUUUUCAUGACUGCUCAGUUUGACUCUUUAAAGACAAAUAAUGUGCAGUUCCGUGAGAUGAACAACAAAGAGGGAGUAUGCCGCUCCAGAGGUGCUGGCUUUUUUAUUUUAUUGUAUCUUUUUUUUUCCCCUGUUGUAUAUGUAAUUAAUUUUAUCCCCUUGUAAAAUACAGUAUUGUAUCUCUGAAUCUGAAUGUCUUAAUUUUUGUAAGGCACGCAGCUUUGAAACUGUGAAUGCUUUAAUUAUCUUUGAUACCUUAAAAGCCCCUCUCUUCCCACCCCUGAAAUCCCCCUCACUCAAAACCACUGAACAACUAGAGCCAUUCACCCUACCUGACAGUUUGAUAAUAUUACCAAAACUUGCAACGUCCGGUCAUUUUUUUGUCUAUAAAGCUUAGGAGCACAAACCUCACCAGACUGGCUAUUUUUGUUGUUGGUUUUGUUUUUUUUUUUUAAUAUCGUACCUGAUUCCAUUUAAUUUCUGUGUUGCCUGUGAUACAAUACAGCUGAGGUGGUAACUGCCCUCCCGUUAUUCAUUAAAGCAGACCCUGACGGAGCGGUGGCUUUGCUGUGCAGGCAGGGAUGUCCCCGGCGAUGGAGUGACGGGCUUUUUCCCGUGCAACGGGAGGCUUGGGAUCCGGCCAGGCUGCACACGAGUUAAUCUCGUUUGAUAUUAUACCACGCUGCAGCACCGAAAUGUGUUCGGUGGUAGCUUGCUUCCCCCGCCUCCAACUGUAAAUAGAUAACAUUUCAAAGCAAAUAGCAAAGCUCCAUAUAUCAUGUUAUCUCGUUUGUAUUGAUUUGUGAUGGGUUAACUCCUAUGGGAUUUCCUGCAGAAGAGGAGGGGGUUUGUGCUGUUCCACCUUUCUGAAUUAAGGGACGAGAGUUCAGUUUUUUAUCUGCCAGUCUUAUUUUUCCUAGGAAAUAUGAAAGCAUCCCUCUUUCAGUCUUACACAGGGCAAAACUCCGAAACGGGAAACUUUACUGACAGUUUCUCCAGUAUUUUAUAGUGUAAUUAAGCUUUUUUUUUUUAAAAAAAAGAAAUGUGUAAAUAUUGUGAGGUUGGAGCAGGAGAGAGAGUUAACACCGCUUUUACACUUCUUUCCUGAAAUGUCUUUCAGCUCUUUCUGCUAAAAAAAAAAUAAUACAAAAAUGGACAGAACAAAUCUAACAUCCUUGUGCCAUGAAGAAAUUUCUGGAGAACAUUAAAAGGAAAAAUGUUUGAUUCGUCACAAUAAAUGAGUCUGCAAGCCUUUUAAGGUUAUGAAAACAGCUUUAUCAAAUACUGACAAGUCUUAGAAAUUGUUUGGAGAAAGCAAAGUUUGUAUAAGUCUCGUGUAUAAGAUGAAUUUGCCUUCUCUGGAGUCGUAUGGUGCACAGGGAAGAGACUUUAAGAAAAAUACCUUUUUACUUUUGGGAAGUGUUUUGUUUAUUUUGCUCUCUCUUUUGACUUUGUAAUUAACUCCAAGGGUCCCCGGAUGCAUCUGGGGACCUGGAGAGCAAUGUUUACAUUCACUUGCAUUUUCAGAAUUGAAUCCUCAAGGGGUGAGGAAAGCAGAUAAACUGUGCUUUAAUGUAAAAAACAAAACCACGAGCAGAAGUUGCUAUAAUGGAUGAUUAUUUUUAUUAAAUAAAAGAGUGUUUACA